CGCUCACAAAGUUAGCAGCUCUAAAUAAGUAAUAAAUUAAGGGUUUUAAAAUUUUUUAAAACAAAAUGCAGAAUAAUUAUAAACCUGUUGAUCUGACAAGCUCUUUGAUUGAUCCUCAAAUAAAACUGUCCAAAGCUUUAAUCAAUCGUGAUAUAGCGGAAUUUCGUGAUGCCUUAAGUAUUGGUGCACAUGCCCAGGCAACUGAUGAUCAAAAUUUAAGUAUCUUUGAAAAAACUUUACAAACGCCUGGUUGUUCGGAAUUUGUGAAGGAAUGUUUGCGUUCAGGUUGUGAUGCAAAUUAUGUCAAUAAAUUUUAUAAAAAAGCUGCCAUUAAUUUUGCGUCCGAUUCCCGAGAUCCUCAAAAUUUAACAGAACUUUUAAGCUCUCCCGGUGUCAAAACUGAUUAUAAGUAUUCUGGUUUAACUCCUCUCAACUCUUUGGCUAAAAAUAUUAACAAUGAAAAUGCCAACAAUGUAAUAGAGUGUAUAAAAAUAUUAUUGGUUUAUGGCGCCUCUCCCAAUGAACCCGAUCAGAGAGAAAUGACCCCGCUGCAUAAUGUAAUAAGAAAUCAUAAACUUAAUGAAAUGCAGAAAUAUGAACUGGUGCAAUUGUUUUUGGCUCUACCCAAUAUUGAUAUCGAUACUUAUCGAGAGGGUGAGUUAAGAAGUGUAUUGGAAACAGAGUAUCCUCUUAUGGAGUUGCCAGGUCGGAAGGUGAACAAUAUUAUAACAUUUCAUACCCUAUUGACUCACAUUAGGAAUGAUAAUAUGGAUAUGUUUAAACAGCAAUAUACUGAUAAAUCCAGGAAUACCAGCGAAGAUGAAGAGUUGCAAUUGUUUGUGGCAGCCAUAGAGAAAGGCGCCCAUACUGCCUUGGAUUUAAUUUUGGCCAAUGGUGUAGAUUAUAAUAGCACCGUUAAAGGAAAUAACUCUCCCAUAGAAAUAGCCUGGAUUUAUGGCAAUUGGUAUGCCUUGGAAAAGCUUUUACAGCAGCCCGAUAUAAGAAUUCGGCCCAAAGAUCAUCCCUUAAGUAAUAUUGUGUGCAAAUUAAAUGAAGAUUCAGUGCAAGAGUUUUGCAACUAUUGGAAGUGUUUUUAUGUCUUACUGAAUUCUGAUAAAAUCGAUAUAAAUGCCACAGAUUUCAGUAAAUCCACUGCUCUACAUUAUGCCGUCAAAUAUCGCAACAAUAAGGCUAUAAAAGAACUUUUGAAAAGAGGAGCCUGCAUUUGUCUGGAAAAUAGGUUCCAUGAAUUGCCUUUGAACGGCAUGAAUCCCUCGGUGUGGGAAGAUCACUUAGAUGACUGUGUAUCCUCCAGUGAUCAUAAGUUAGGUGAUAAAGACUUUGAAAUACUGAUCAGUUUCAAGAAUUUCAUGUCUACCCCGCAAAAGGGUAAGGAUAAGGGUAAGGAACAUUUGAAAGAGGUUUUAUCGCCUAUAGCAUUUAUGGCCAAAUCCAAGGAAUAUCGUUACUUAUUGCAACAUCCAGUCAUUACCAGUAUUUUAUAUCUCAAAUGGCAUAAACUUUCUUUAAUAUUUUAUGUAAACUUCCUGGCUUAUAUGUUCUUUGCCAUCUCUAUUCUUUCACAUACUGUUUUGAAAUUCCGUCAGAUUGAUCUUGAAACAGCUAGAAAUAUAUCCAGAUAUUGCUCCUAUGUGGGCAUUUCGUAUUUGAGCGCGAGAGAAUGUAUACAGUUGAUAGUGUCUCCCUUGAAGUAUAUAAAAUCUAUUACCAAUUAUUUGGAAAUAUUGUUAAUAAUACUAUCCAUACUGACUUGUCAAGAUUCUAAUGAAAACUUGGAGUUGCAACGUAAUUUGGCGGUGGCGUGUAUUCUACUAUUGGCCUACGAGUUGGUUUUAUUGGUGGGCUCGUUGCCCAUCUCUUCCAUUUCUACACAUAUGCUAAUGCUGGAAGCUGUCUGCAUUAGUUUUGUUAAGAGUUUUCUUUUGUACUCUAUAUUUAUAUUCACAUUUGCUCUGUGUUUCUACAUCAAAAGCGAUAAUCAGGGGGAGAAAAGCGAUGAAGAAUUUCAUAAAUUUUCUGAUCCUUUGGUGGCCUUUUCCAAAACUAUUGUUAUGUUUACCGGAGAAUUUGAUGCUGGCGCUUUAAAUCUUGAUACUGUCUACAACUACUUGCUUUUUCUCUCCUUCGUCUUCUUCAUGACCAUCAUUUUGUUCAAUCUACUCAAUGGUUUGGCCGUAAGCGACACUCAGGCUAUUAAAGAUCAAGCUGAAUUGAAUGAAAUCAUCUGUCGCACCCAACUGCUGUACCGUUAUGAAAGGGCUGUGUACAAACAAGCUGGCAACUUUACAUUUUUACUUAAACGUCAACCAUUUAAGUUAAUAUGUAAAAUUCUUGCAAAACUUUUUCCCGACUAUACGACCGAUAUUCAAAUCUCAAUUAUGCCCAAUGAUAAAAAUAAAGUUUUUGGUCCUAAAACCACCAAAAAAUUGUCUGUGGUGCAAGUAAAGAAUUUUGAAAAUGGUACAAAUGUUGUGAAUCUUGCGGAAAGCGAUUAUGACGAUGAUGAUAAUGAUGAUAAUGAUGCUUUUACUAGGAAUAAAUAUUUAAAGUGUUGGUUUUCAUGCAUUAGUAACAACUGCUCAAGAAUUGAUGAACGUACAGUCAAUCAAGCCAUGCAAGUUUUGGAAAAGAAAUCGAAUGAAAGCAUAGAGAGCCGUUUAGAGGGAAUGGAGGAGAAGCUAAUAAAAAUUAUGAAUUGCUUGAAAAUAGAUGACUCAGAAACAACUGAGUGUAAUUGAAUUAAAUAUUAAUUUGUAUUACUAC